GUAGUAGGGCGGGCUGGGGGGGAAAGCGUGAAACCAAAGGGAAUGUUUACUUGUUCAGAAGUCUCUCUCACACGGAAGCACGCUGUUCCCUAACUCCUGGCUGAGCAGACUCCAGUUUGCCAAUCUCUGCUUUUCAGCACACUUAACUCCUUGACAGAAUGGCAGACAAAAGAACAGCUGGUGCAAAGCAAUAGGGGGAUAAGGAGAGAGGAAAAAAAUAAAUAAACAUAUUGCCCCCCAUCGCCAACAUCCAACAACUAUCACAUCAGUAGUAACCGUGGAACAAUCGGAAGUCACCAUGCGCAGGUCUAGCACCGAUGAAUCGACCUAUCACAGGAGUCCUUCUUUGGACAGCAAGGAUUACAGUUUUCCAAAUGGCGCCUUCCGUCGCUACAGCAGCAUGUAUGGCGGCCAGUUUGGGGCCGCCAGCAACUCGUUUUUCGGAUUCCACACCAACCCGGGCCCUAAAGCCACCAAGGCUAAGUACACGUCCCCCAAGGGGAACAAGUACGUUGUCUUUUACCUGGAUCUCUCGUUUAUUUUUCUCCUAGAGCUGAAGAGGUGUAGCAUGGCUCAUAACUGCCUGCAGUGCAUCAAGUACCUAAUGUUUGUCUUCAACCUUCUCUUCUGGCUGGGAGGCUGCGGGAUCCUUGGAGUUGGUAUCUGGCUGGCUGUUACCCAAGGGAACUUUGCUACCCUCUCCUCUUCUUUCCCAUCCCUGUCGGCUGCCAACCUGCUGAUUGUCACAGGGACUUUUGUCAUGAUCAUCGGCUUCGUCGGCUGUAUAGGUGCCAUCAAAGAAAACAAGGGCCUCCUGCUGAGUUUUUUUAUCAUGCUGUUAAUUAUAUUCCUGCUGGAGCUCACCAUUGUGAUUCUGUUCUUCGUCUACACUGACAAGAUUGAUAAGUAUGCUCAGCAGGAUCUGAAAAAAGGGCUUCAUUUGUAUGGGACAGAUGGAAACAUUGGCCUAACUAAUGCAUGGAGCAUCAUUCAAACAGAUUUCAGAUGCUGUGGGGUCUCGAACUACACUGACUGGUUUGAAGUGUAUAAUACUACACGGGUGCCAGACUCGUGCUGCUUGGAAUUCAGCGAGAAUUGUGGACUCCACUCCCCGGGGACCUGGUGGAAAGCUCCUUGUUAUGAGACAGUGAAAAUAUGGCUCCAGGAAAACCUGCUCGCAGUGGGGAUCUUUGCCCUGUGCACAGCUUUGGUUCAGAUUCUUGGAUUGACCUUUGCAAUGACCAUGUAUUGCCAGGUAGUCAAGGCAGACACCUACUGCGCGUAGAAACCAUCUCAAGCCUCUAUGCUUCUCAAAAGGACAUAGGAGAAAGCUCCUUCAUGUUCAUUCAUCUGAUCUUUUUUCUAUGUAAGAUAAACUGUGUAUAAUCCUAUAUCUCUGAAGAUUUUGUAAAUUACCCUAGUUUAUUGAGGGAGGAAAAAAGGGAUGGGGAAAAAAAAAAGCCAAGGGAAGAUCAGUACUCAGAUUGGCAUAGGCAGGAGGAGGAAGCGUUGUCUUUAAAAAAAAAGAAUGCUCCAACAUAACAGAAGAAAACAGGUCCCUUUGCAUGGACUGUGGCAAGACUGAAGAUGCUGCUUAAGAGGAGCUAGUCUGCAAACCCGUGCUAGCAUAGUCUGCAGACACUGAAAAGAGCUCCAGGAAUCCAGGAAGGUUUCCUUCUAGAAUAUAUCAUGGGCUGGUGUGGGGGUGGGUGGGGGAAGAGUGGAAAGUUAAAUAUCCUUCAGUAUUGAAAAAAGAAGGCAUGGAAUAGCUAAAUUGAUGGAACUGUCAUUUUACUACAAUUUGUCUUUGUAUGCAGCUAGUGUCACAGCAAGCCUCCAAACUGUCUCAAGAAGAUUUUUGCAGCCAGGAGCGGGUCAACUUCAGAAGUGUUUUUAGUCUCAUGUGCUCUGAAGUCAGGAGCUAAUCAGGAUCUGAGUAAUGAGAUCUGUCUGGUAAGGGAAAAAAGUCUUAGUGGACACUGUGUCACUUAUUAAUUUGCAAUGGUACAGAACCAAUAAGGGUGUGCGUGUAUGAUAUAUUCAUAGACACUUACCAUUCUGAAGGGAGGUGAAAUAACCCUGCAUCUCCCCUCAGAAGAUGGAAGCUUUCUACCCCAUUUCACAUUCCAAGUGAACAAAUACUCAAAGGGAAAUAAUGGAGUAUUAUUUCUUGUAGGAGACACUAUCACUAUUACCUCUGGGGAAACAAGUAAUUACUUUCAGCUGUAUCUUCAUUUCUGUAAACAACUUGUGAGUAGGCUUUCUCUGUCACUCUCCUGUGGUUUUAUUUUUUCCAUUCCUGUUUCAAGUCAGUCUACCAGCAACUAUCACUCAUUUCUGCACUUAAAGAGCUGUCAGCUGUUUCUUCACUGAAUGUCAUUAAUUUACCCUGGGACAGUAUCAUCUCCAGAUAGUAUACGGUUUGCCUUGUCAAAGAAACAUGUGUUACACAGUGCUUAGCUUAAGACUUGAGAUGUUUUCCUGCUUAGAAAUGCUAAACUACUUAUUUACAUCAUCCAUGGAAAAUUGUUCCCAGUGGGAACUGGAGUCAACUUUCAAGCUUUUUUCUCCCCCCUUGUGCAGGCUUGCUCAGUAGCAACACCUGCCCCCGCUGGAAUUUGCAAAACAAGCAUCAGUCACAACUCCUCAUUGCAGGAAAACAAAUUUCCGUGUGUGUGUGUUCCCCCAUUGUCAUAAUUGAAGAGAAUGUGUGAAUUGUGCUUUGAGGGAAUUUUCACUGAAUUGCAAGAAAACGUUUCAUCCAGCAAACUUCUACACUGAGGGUAUGCCCAAUACAGCCUAUAGUGUUGUGCAAUGUAGACAUACAGCUUUGAGUGACUCUGUCUGCUGGAAGAAAAGGAGUACUAGUGGCACCUUAGAGACUAACCAAUUUAUUUGAGCAUAAGCUUUUGUGAGCUACAGCUCACUUCAUUUGAAUGCAUCCGAUGAAGUGAGCUGUAGCUCACGAAAGCUUAUGCUCAAAUAAAUUGGUUAAUCUCUAAGGUGCCACUAGUAUUCCUUUUCUUUUUGCGAAUACAGACUAACACAGCUGCUACUCUGAAAUCUGUCUGCUGGGUCAUGCUCCAGCUCAAUCCUGGUAGCCAAGCCAUGUAUCCAUUAGAGAAAGGUUGCUACAAUCUAUGGUAUUUUAUAGAUGUUCUGUACCACACUUACCCUUCUGCCAUUACAUAACAAGUAAGAAAACUGUGAUUUAAAUGAACCCUCUAUUUAACUCUCUCAAAUCCUGAGGUGGUGAUAUAAGUUAUCAGGCUUGGCAAAGUUUUCAGAGAGCUGCAGCAUCAUGAACAGGGUUGCUGUGGUUGGAAGGAGGGGGCCUAACUGGGCCUAGUGAGAAGAACCAUCCCUACAGGCAAGAGCUAUGGUACCUGCCCAAAGCAACACCAUGCGGCUCUGCAGCAACCCUGAGUAGUGGCAAUUGCGGUUGCUCGCCUUCUCCUCCUCUGACUUCCAAAGCCAAGUGUAUGUAGUUUGGUUUAGGCAUGUUGAUUCCAAGCUACUAAAUAUCCAAGGUGGGUGACGUAAUAUCUUUUGUGGGCCCAAUAAAAGAUUUACCUCACCCACCUUGUCUCUCUAAAGAACACGUAUUCAUCCUUUAGUUACUACAGCUGGAACAGAGUAUCCAGACUCUUAAUGGCUUAGUGCAGGUUCUUGCUGUAGUGUGGUUCACACACAUGAGGAACAGGCUUCCUUACCACCUCUCUAGUGGGUACUGACAUCUGUCAACAUUAAUGGGCAUUUCACAAAUGCAGAAAACAAGAUGAUGAGGUCUUGAAGUCAAGCACCAAUAAAGAGCUCCAGGGUAUGUGUCACAAAUCAGGUCUUUGUGUGAAGUUACCUGGCACGAUGCAGAAAUUCUUCCACAUGUGAGCAGGACUGAGACUAAUUCUGUUCUUAAAGCACAGUUUUUGUUUGGUGUGUUCCUCUAUUCCUGCCGCACCCUCCCUUAACUACUCUAAAGUUGAAUUGUACAAUUAGCAUAAGUUCUUGCCCUGGCUCAUUAGAACAGCUCUACUCACAGGCAUUCCUGCUGACAGCUCUGGGUUCCAUCUCUGAGGAGCAGAAUAAUGGAGUGAGGAAUGCAUUAACAAGACAUCGAUUUCAGCUGAGCCAUUGGGACUGCUGCCUGCAUGAUCAUUUUUAAUGACAGACGAGUCUAUUUGUAGCAGUCCCACUUAUCGUUUUUAAAACAAUGCACCCUCCUGUGGCAGAGCUGGACUGGAGGUUCCCUCAGAGGCUCUACAAAAUGGUCUCAAGGGUAGGGAGUACAACCCAUUCCUCAUGUGAAUCCCCUAGUUCACAUGCCGAGCGCAGUGGAGACUGCAAGGUUUUGGCCAAGUCCACUGAAGGAAUGCAGGAAGAAAAGGUAAAAUGACUGAAGGCUAGAUCACUCCUUCUGAUUGUGCUUAAAUCAUUUGGCACAGUUUGUGCUGCUUUACAAUAAUGUAAAUUGCCUCUCUGGUGUUUAGCCUCCUAGGAGAUAAAGUGUGAGCAUCUCUUUGUAAUUGGGGGGCGUGUAAAGCCAGAAAAGCAUUAACAGCAGUGCAACAAGACUUCAUUAUUUGUCUAAGCUGGGUCUCCAGCAUGGUGCCGGUGCAGAUAUUGUUGAACUGGAGUCUGCAUUCAAUGCUAUUGACUAUUUUCACAUAGGCUUACAGACACUACCAAUAGAAUCUGACUUCAAACCAUUGCCCCAUAUUACAAUCCACUUAAGCACCUCAGAUUUUUUUAAAAUGAGAUAUUCUGAGUAAGAGAACUGGUUGGGUGGUGUAUCUGUAACAACCACCACACCUUGUAAAAGACAUUUCCUUAGUAGACAUUUAACUUUAGACUGGUUCAUUACAAUCAUCAUAUAGCACACCAAGCACAUGUUAAAAGGCUCUAUGUCUCCGGAGCAGCACAGAAGUCAUUCCAAUUCCUCUCCUAAAUCAAUGAUUUUAUGGGUUGGGGGGGUAAUAAAAAGGAGGACUUUUAAAAUGUAAAAUAGGACCAAAGCCAGGGAAUCCAGAGUUAAGGUUUAGACUAUGUCCCCAGUUAAAAGAGUCAGGCCCUUUUUGAUUGAUUUUCACUGUACAAGGCCCAACUUUGAUCCUAUUAAAGUUAGUGGGACCAGGAUUUGGCUUUAAGUUUCUGUCUGCCCUACUUUUAGCUUUGCUAUCCUGUAUCAUAAUUAUUAAAUAUAUUGAUAAUAAGGUUUUAUUUUCCUGUAGCUGUCCAGAGCAGCCAUCUUUUAUUGCCUAUUCAAUAGGAUUACUUAACUCUACAUCCGGUAGCACAGACUCAAUAAAAUUCACUCCCAUUUCUGCUCUAUAUCUACCUGCCAAAAAACCCUGGACACAGUAUUUCUUGAUUCUCUUUGGACCUAGUAAUAAUGGAUAAUAGUGAACUGCACAGAUGUUGUAUAAAAACAUUAAUCUGGGAUCAGUAAAUGUGGUUGCUACACAAAACGCCUCUCAAAAACAAAUUAAAGUUCAUGCAAUUGAAUAUCUCAGGGGUUGUGACCCCCCCACCCCUUCCAACAUUACUAAAUGUGAGAGUGGUCCCAGCUUGAUGGGAGGGGGCUACCAGCAUGAGGCAUACCUGAUUAUAGAACAGCUGCUCUAUAAACAUGGCAUAAGAGAAAGUGGUAUCGCUGAGCUUUAAACGAGUACUUUCGUUCACAACAGUAUUAAUGAAUUUUAUACACUGUACAUUAGAUUGUUCACAGUAACGAUAUUGCCAUGAAAAAUUCUGUUCGGAGUUACAUUGUGAGUUCAGUUUGAAUCUCAUCUGUACAAUAUCCCAUUGGACAGUUAUUUGUUACUUGGAUUUUGUCGUUGCAACAGAAGGAAUGAUACAGUUUUGUGCACCAUAUAGAGGACAACAAAAUUUAAAAUAUACAUUUUUUAAAAGUUAUUAAAUAAAUUUUACAGCUGAAUGUCUUGUUUUCUUUAUAAUGUACAUACAUAUGCUGUAAUAUAUACAGUGGAUGCUUACAGACAUAUGUACACAUGCACUAGAAACUGCAUCGUAUGCUUCCAUUUUCUCAUCGCCCAUAGCCUGUCUUUAAUUUUAAUCUAUUUUAUCCUACCUAUUUUUUGUAUAAGAAGAUUGCCAAUUCUUCCAGGAAAGUGAAUGCCCAUUUCUUUGUUUAGGAGCAGAUUAUUUUAUAGAUGUCACAAAUCAGUAUCCCUUUAAAAAGAUAAUGGAUUCAUGUCAGUGUACUUGUUUAUAGCCGCACUAAUCAUGGAUACACAAAUUGUUUUAUUCUGCUUGAUUUUUAAAUUUAGUUGAACAUGAUUGUGAUAAUCAAUUUUGAAACACAAGGGCUUUUUUUUUUUUUUUUUAGACAGAAGGAGGCUGUCAAUAAAGAUAAUGUUUGGCUAUAUGUUAAAAUGAAAAAUAGGAAUUGCCAUGACAAAUCAAAAGAGAGGUCCAUCUAGUUGGGUAUCCUGCCUGAGCCCAUGUCUGCACUGUGAAUGCUUUACCAAUAUAGGAAUACUGGUAUACUAUACUGAUACAGCACUCCUAGCAAGGACAACAAUGCUUUUAAUUUUUAUUCCAACCCCGCCCCCUGCAAAACAAGCUAUACCAGUAAAAGUGCUUUUGCCAGCACAGCCAUGUCAAUCAUAUAUCACAUCUCUUCACCCUCAAUCCCCAACUGACACAGCUGUGCUGGCAGAAAUCUGCAGUGUAGACAUUGCCAGGGAGUGGACACAGCAAACUGUUUCAGAGGAAGGUGCAAGAAACCUCAUAAUGGAGAAGCUUGUCCUCAUGGGACAUUUCUAAGUAGAGCACAGGAUCUGGUCCAAGAGGUGAACAUAGCUGGACCACUUGGUAAUAGUGACCACAAUAUAAUUAAAUUUAACGUUCCUGUGAUGGGGAAACAGCAGCCCAACACUGUAGCAUUUAAUUUCAGAAAGGCGACUACACAAAACUGAGGAAGUUAGUUGAACAGAAAUUAAAAGGUACAGUGCCAAAAGUGAAAUCUCUGCAAGCUGCAUGGAAGCUUUUAAAAGACUCCAUAAUAGAAGCUCAACUUAACUGUAAACCCCAAAUUAGAAAACAUAGAGAACCAAAAAAAAAAAAAAAAUGCCAUUGUGGCAAAACAACAAAGUCAAAGAAGCAGUGAGAGACAAAAAGGCAUUCUUUAAAAAGUGGAACUUAAAUCCUCUUGAGGAAUAUAGAAAGGAGCAUAAACUCUGGCAAAUGAUGUGUAAAAGUAUAAUUAGGAAGGCCAAAACAGAAUUUGAAGAACAGCUAGCCAAAGACUCAAUAAGGAAUAGCAACAUUUUUUUUUAAGUACAUCAGAACAGGAAACCUGCUAAACCACCAGUGGGGCCAGUGGACGAUAAAGCACUCAAGGACGACACGGCCAUUGUGGAGAAACUAAAUGAAUUAUUUGCAUCGGUCUUCACGACUGUGAGGGAGAUUCCCAAAUCUGAGCCAUUCUUUUUAGGUGACAAAUCUGAGGAACUGUCCCAGAUUGAGGUGUCAUUAGGGGAGGUUUUGGAACAAAUAGAUAAACUAAACAAUAAGAAGUCACCAGGACCAGAUGGUAUUCACCCAAGAGUCCUGAAGGAACUCAAAUGUGAAAUUUCAGAACUACGAACUGUAGUUUGUAACCUACAAUUUAAAUCAGCUUCUGUACCAAAUGACAGGAGGAUAGCUAAUGACACGCCAAUUCUUAAAAAGGGUGCCAGAGGUGAUCCCAGCAAUUACAGGUCGGUAAGCCUGACUUCAGUACCAGGCAAACUGGUUGAAACUAUAGUAAAUAACAAAAUUGUCAGACACAUAGAUGAACAUAAUUUGUUGGGGAAGAGUCAACAUGGUUUUUGUAAAGGGAAAUCAUGCCUCACCAAUCUACUAGAAUUCUUUGAGGGGCUCAACAAGCAUGAGGACAAGGGGGAAUCCCAUGGAGAUAGUGUACUUAGAUUUUCAGAAAGCCUUUGACAAGGUCCCUCACCAAAGGCUCUUAAAGCAAAGUAAGCAGUCAUGGGAUAAGACUGAAGGUCCUCUCAUGGAUUGGAAACUGGUUAAAAGAUAGGAAACAACGGGUAUAAAAUGGUCAGUUUUCAGAAUGGAGAGAGGUAAAUAGUGGUGUCCCCCAGGAGUCUGUUCUGGGACCAGUCCUAUUCAACAUAUUCAUAAAUGAUCUGGAAAAAGGGGUAAACAGGUGGCAAAAUUUGCAGAUGAUAUAAAACUACUCAAGAUAGUUAAGUCCCAAGCAGACUGCGAAGAGCUACAAAAGGAUCUCACAAAACUGGGUGACUGGGCGACAAAAUGGCAGAUGAAAUUCAAUGUUGAUAAAUGCAAAGUAAUGCACAUUGGAAAACAUAAUCCCAACUACACCUAUAAAAUGAUGGGGUCUAAAUUAGCUGUUACAACUCAAGAAAAAGAUCUUGGAGUCACUGUGGAUAGUUCUCUGAACAUCCACUCAAUGCGCAGCGGCAGUCAAAAACGUAAACAGAAUGUUGGGAAUCAUUAAGAAAGGGAUAGAUAAGAAGACCGAAAAUAUCAUAUUGCCUCUAAAUAAAUCCAUGGUACGCCAACAUCUUGAAUACUGCGGGCAGAUGUGGUCACCCCAUCUCAAAAAGAUAUAUUGGAAUUGGAAAAGGUUCAGGAAAGGGCAACAAAAAUGAUUAGGGGUAUGGAACAGCUUCCAUAUGAGGAGAGAUUAAUAAGACUGGGAUGGCUAAGGGGGAAUAUGAUCAAGGUCUAUAAAAUCAUGACUGGUGUGGAAAAAGUAAAUAAGGAAGUGUUAUUUACUCUUUCUCAUAACACAAGAAUGAGGGAGGUCACGCAAUAAAAUUAAUAGGCAGCAGGUUUAAAACAAACAGAAGGAAGUAUUUUUUCCACACAAUGCACAGGGUUCAAAAAGGAACUAGAUAAGUUCAUGGAGGAUAGGCCCAUCAAUGACUAUUGGCCAGGAUGGGCAGGGAUGGUGUCCUAGCUUCUGUUUUCCAGGGGCUGGGAAUGGGCAAUUGGAUGGAUCACUUGAUGAUUACCUGUUCUGUUCAUUCCCUCUGCAGCAUCUGGCAUUGGCCACUGUCAGAGGACAGGAUAUUGGGCUAGAUGGACCUUUGGUCUGACCCAGUAUGGCCGUUCUUAUGUUCUUAAGCUUGUAAUGGAGAAGCCUGUCCUCAUGGGACAUUUCUUCCAUCAUUCAGUAGCUAGUUUGUGCCCUGAAGUGUGAAGGUUUACAUCCCUUAAAUUUUUCUUCUUCCUAUCUGACAAACCUCUUGACGAUCUCAUUAGCCAUGUCAACUUCUAAUUCUGUUCAGAAUCUUAUGAAGCUUUUAACUUCAAUGAUAUCUUGUGGCAGUGAGUUUCACAGAUCAAGUAUGCAUCAUAUUAAAAUACCUCCUCAUGUGGAUUUUAAACUUGUGACCUUCCCAUUUCACUGACUGUCCCCUUAGUUCUAUUCUUUAGAAACUUUAUUGUAUUGAAUUCCAUAGAAACUUAAAGACCCAGCAUAACUCCCUCAUCUCUGCAGCCUAAUUUCUCUUCCCCCUAAUUGUUUAUACCCAGGCAAUAGAGUAUCCUGUUGAUUUGGGGUGUUUUUUUAACCAUGUUUCAAAAUGCCUGUCAUGUCAAGUUUCUCUUUCCCUUCCAGACAUUCUAGUUAACCAAUUUUAAAUGACACAUUGGCAUAAAAAUUUGUAAGUGGUCCUGUUAAAGUCAUCUUUUAACCCAUACCAUCAUCAAACAUCAUGAUACUGAAAUGUUACUAUUGUCUCAACCUGCCCCCUUCUACAAUUCCCAUGUCAUUUCUGUCCUAUCCUUUACCACCAGACAUCUUUGCGUUGCCAACAUCUCUACUGAAGGUCUUUGUCAAAUUGAUAGUGACCUCCCCCCGCCCAUUUGGGUAAUUCACUUGGGCUUAAGAUCAGUAAGUCAACUGAAUGGGAUUUUACUAGGUGUCAUCUUUCCUGAACACUACACUCAACUCAAGUUUAUGGGUAGCUUAAAAACUUGAGCUCAGCAGUUAGAUUCCAAAAGAGGAAAGAGGGGAAAACAAAAAACAAAACAAAAAAAACUUACUUAAAUACCCAGUUUGGGAAUCCAUAUUUUACAAGUGUAGAAAAGGACAGAAGAGUGCAUGGUUAGAAAUCAAAACCCUCCAUAUUCUUUUGUUACUGAUUUUCCAAUUACUUUCUCUCAAUUUACCAAGUUAGAACAAGCUAAUACCUAGCAUGCCAUCUGAAAAAUCAAGAUGUGAGAAACUCUGCUUCAUACCUCACCACCAUUAGAAAAACCCAUGGAAUCCAAACCUACUUGACAAUAUUUUUAAGGUAGAAUAAAUAGUUUGUAUUUCUGUGGCCUGCCAGUGCUGAGAGAUGAUAUUAGGGUAAAUUUUCCAACAGGCCUCAACCCGGCCUUUAAAACUGCACCCAAAAUUUUUGGACUGACAAACUGCAAGUAGAUUUGGGUUUCAUAGAUUUUACUAGUGGUGCUGACAUGGAAAAAUCAGGUAACUACACAUUACAUUGCAAAUGCAAUUUGAGAGGUGUUUUUUUU